CAGUCGAUUUGUCGCGGCGCCCCUUGGAAGAGGGUGGAGAAAGGACAGUGAAAAAAAGUGUCGUGUGUUUUCCACGGAUCAAUCAGAACAGCUCACAACACCAUGGACAGACAGCAGAAGCAGCAGUAUUGACUUUGAACUGCUCAAUUAGGGGGCCCAGAGGAACUAGUGCGGUGCCAAAGUCCUAUUUGAAGCCCCGUGUCUGGGCAGGAUUGGAGACGAUAUUUGACCGCGGAACAGGUGUGGAGAGAGACCAACGCAGCAAAAAUGAAUCUCCACGAGCCGGUCGAUAUGCUCAAUAAGACCCUCGAUGAUCUCACACCGGAGGAGAAGAUGAGAAUCGAGCACAUGAAGCUGCACGAAAAGCACAAGGGCCAUGAGUCGAUGCACGCCGAGAUGGUUGUCAUCCUGCUGGUUACGCUGAUCAUCGCCCAGAUUGUGCUGGUCGAGUGGAAGAAGCGCCACUAUCGGUCGUACUCGCUCAUGACCCUGCUCGCCCUGUGGAUCAUCCCGUUCGUGCUCAGCCUGCGCAGCCAGUACUGGCGGUUCAUCUUUUUCUGGUUGAUAUUCAGCUGCAUCACGGCCCUGGUAAUGCGAAAGGCCCUCCGGAAGCCGCUGGCCGGCACCACUCCGCGGCUCGUGUACAAGUGGUUCUACUUCAUCUACAAGCUGAGCUACGGACUGGGGAUCAUCGGGUACAUCAUCAUGAUGUUCACGUUUUUUGGGUUGAACUUUGUGUUCAACCAACCGCCGAACGUGUGGAUGGACGUCGGGCUGCUGUUUGUGUUUUACGGACUGUAUUACGGGGUGUUGGGACGAGACGUGUCCGAGAUUUGCACGGACAAGAUGGCCGCCCACGUGGGGUACUACACACCGAAGGGCAUUCCGACGAGGCACCUGGAGCGAAACGUUUGCGCCGUGUGCGGAAACCAGCUGCUGACGGAGGUCAACGAGACGGGGGUCAUCGAGGACACGUACAAGCUGUCCUGCGAUCACGUGUUCCACGAGUUUUGCAUACGCGGCUGGUGCAUCAUCGGCAAGAAGCAAACGUGUCCGUACUGCAAGGAGAAGGUUGACCUGAAGAAGAUGUUUUGCAAUCCCUGGGAACGACCGCACGUUCUGUACGGCCAGCUCCUCGACUGGAUCCGGUGGCUGGUAGCCUGGCAACCGCUCAUCCUGUUUAUCGUCCAGGGCAUCAACUGGAUGCUGGGGCUGGAAUAGCCUCUUGGGGCGAUAUUUUCGCUCCAUUCGCGCAUUCCCGUCGCACCGUCGUCGUCGUCCUCGCCGUCUUUCAUUGUCAUCGAUACCAGAACGCGUGCUCGGCGCCGAGCAUUCGAGCUUCAGUUUCCGUACGAUUGAGUUGGGUUUUUGUCGUAAUUUCACAAACAUACACGUUGAGAGCAAGAGGGAGAGAGAGUCAUCAAAUAGCACCAUGAGCGCCGCCACGCACCCGUCUGUGUAAAGCUUUAUCAACUAGCAAUUCAGUCAGCUUAGUGAGAUGUAGCAUUAGUGAGAGGAUUUCCGUUCUUUCAUUGAGUAGUCCUAGUAAACCGUAGUCAUCAAACAUCAAUUUCAACGACAUGUAACAAACAGCAACUUUCAGAACGAGUCAAGAUGAUCUUUCCAAACAGAACAGUGUCCUUUUUGUAAAUGUGUUUCUAAACUUACGAUAUUGUAAUUUCGAUGCAAAAAUAAAAAAAAGGUAGAACUUUUUUUCAAAA